GGCGAAAAAAACUAAAAAUGGAGAAAUGGGGUCCUAAUGGGAACGCAAUAUCGCGAAGGUUAGCAUUUCACCUCAUCCUCCACCUCUCCCACCUCCCCAGAUUCGAUCCCCUUCUCUAGGGUUUCCUCAAUCACUAUCCUCGCCGCAGAUCCCCCGCGCGGCUAGGGUUUCGGUCGGGGGAGGGGGAUUCGCCUGGGAUCCGCCGCGAUCUCUCGCCGCUCGCGCGCGAUCGAAUCUGGGCGAUCGCUCUGAUCGAAUCGGGUUUUUGAAGUUUCGAGGGCGAUGGCGGGGUCGCUGGUGGAGAGGGCGACGAGCGACAUGCUGAUCGGGCCCGAUUGGGCGAUGAACAUGGAGAUCUGCGACAUCCUCAGUCGCGACGUCGGGCAAGCAAAAGAUGCUGUGAAAGUGCUCAGAAAACGUAUUGGGCAUAAAAAUCCAAAGGUUCAGCUUCUUGCACUUACGCUCCUGGAGACAGUGAUCAAGAAUUGUGGCGAUAUAGUCCAUAUGCAUGUUGCUGAGAAUGAUAUACCACACAAGAUGGUCAAAAUAGUAAAGAAAAAGCCGGAUUUUCAUGUCAAGGAGAAGAUAUUGAUAUUGAUAGAUACUUGGCAAGAAGCUUUUGGAGGCCCACGUGCUAGGUAUCCACAGUACUAUGCAGCAUAUCAGGAGUUGCUGCGUGCUGGAGCUGUAUUUCCCCAGAGAUCCGAGAGGUCUGCUCCUAUAUUUACUCCUCCACAGACACAACCCCUAAGAACUUAUCCUCCUUCUCUACGAAGUCCUGAGUAUCAACAAGAAGUACCUGAGUCAUCUACUGGAUCUGAUUUUCCUGCUUUGAGCCUGACAGAGAUUCAGAAUGCCCGUGGUAUCAUGGAUGUUCUUGCAGAGAUGCUGAAUGCUUUGGAUCCUGGAAACAGAGAGGGGCUUAGGCAGGAUGUAAUAGUUGACCUUGUUGAUCAGUGUCGCAAUUACAGGCAGAGAGUGGUGCAUCUCGUAAACACUACCUCAGACGAAGAACUGCUUUCCCAAGGGCUUGCUUUGAAUGAUGAUUUGCAGCGUGUACUAGCCAAACAUGAUGCAAUUGCUGCAGGAAUUGCAGUUAGGGUGGAGAAACCGAGAACUCUUCAAGCUCUUGUGGAUGUUGAGGACUCUGCUGCCAAAAAUAGUGAUCCAAGCAAAGAGCUUAAUCAAAGGCCUGAUGCAAGCACAAGCACAAGCACAAGCAAUCAGUCUCCAUUUGAUCAGUUACUGCUACCUGCACCACCAGCAUCUGACAGUUCAGCGAUCCCUUCAACAAAAACUGGUCCUGAAAUCGAUCUUCUUAGCGGCUUGGACUACAGUUCACCUGAAAAUGGCAAUUCACAAGCCCUAGUUCCUGUCAAUGAUCCAUUCGCCAGUUCUUCUCCUUCUGAUCAGAACAUCUUAGCGCUUGCUGAUGUUUUUCCUCAAAAUAACACUGUCAGCAACAAUAACAACAACAAUAGCAAUAAUAACCCAGCUUUGUUGCUCAACUCCUUUGAUCCAAAUUCUAGUAUUCCAACAUCACAGGCAUCUCAGCUUCAGCCGCAACAACAGCCAAUGCUUUAUCCUAAUGGGAACAUCACCAACUCAUUUGCCUCAUACGAUCAAGGAUCACAAUUGAAUCAUGCAAGCUCUGCAUGGAAUGGUGGACUUAACCAAGGAAUGAAUGUCAAUCAACAACCACCAUAUUAUGCAGGCGCAGAUGAUCAAAGUGGGGUGGCCCUCCCCCCGCCGCCGUGGGAGACUCAGCCAACUGAGAACAACCAAGUGCAAACCAACCAAGUAGGAAAUAUGCAACCACAACCAAUGACAAGUGGCCAGGUUGCAGGCAUGCAGCUCCAGCCAGUACCACCCAGCCAAUUUGGAGCCCCGCAGCCCCAACAACCGAUGCAGAGCACCCAGUUCGUACAUCCUGGCCAGUUUGGAGCCCCACAGCCCCAACAAUUGAUGCCAACCACCCAAUUUGUACAACCUGGCCAGUUCGGAGCCCCACAACCCCAACAACCGAUGCCAAAUACCCAGUUUGUACAGCAACAACCAAUGUAUGGUGGCCAGCUUAUGGCGUACGGCUUUUCGCAGCAGCAACAAGCUCAGUUCUACAAUCAAGGGAUGACGCCGAUGUAUCCUUAUGCCAAUCCUAAUGAGCUUUCUCAGAGAAUGUAUGGCCUCUCCAUGCAAGAGAAUAAUGGCUUGUACUCGGGCAUGAGCAGCUCCUAUCAGGCUUCUGCUUCCUCUUUUGGCUCCCUUCAGCAGUCGAAGAACAAGCCGCAAAAGCCCGAAGAUAAGCUGUUUGGUGAUCUUGUUAAUAUGGCCAAGUCAAAGCAAAAUAAACCUACAGUAAACAACACUGGGAGCUUGUGAGAUCAUUGUUUUUGGUAAAGGUUCAUGAAGACCCCUCAACUCUUUGCCAUUUUAAAAUGGUUUCCUCCACUUUUAUGUUUCCUUGUUGAUAACCCCUUAACUUUCUUUGUUUUGGUUUGAGUUAUUUCUACCGGAUGAAUUGGGGGUUCUGUUAGAAGUAACAUUUCUGGUAUUAGCGGCUGUUAAUUGUUGAUGAAACUACAGUUCCAUCAGCUAGAAAGCGGGUAGAUUUGUAAAGUAUAAUACAAUGACUAUCAAAUUAUCAGUCCCAAUUCAUCCGAUGAAAAUAACUUCAAUUAGAAUAAACAAAAGUUGAAGGGAUGCUGAUCAGAAAAUAAAGUUUGCCGGUCUAUUUUGGAAAUGGCCGACAGCUGAGGGGUUCUCCAUAUAUUUUUAGCUUGUCCGUUCCACAUUUUAUCUUCUUUUUUCAUAUUUACUCCUGUCUCUACUACCUCAUUUUUUGUUCUUCACAUAUCACUAUUUUGUCCUGCUGCAUAUUGUUUGUUUCACCUAUUUGUUUCAAUAAUGUAAAUUCCACUUUUAGAGAGGAAAAUCCGGGUGAUGGUCGAUUGGGGAGUUUGGAGAUUCUCCAUUUAUGCUUAUAUGUUUGGAAAAAUAAGCAAUUUUCUUAUUGGUAUUA